CUCUCAAAACCCAUUUCUUGAAAAUCCUCUGUCUCUCUCUCUCUCAAAACCCAUUUCCUCAAAAUCCUCUCUCUCACUGAAAACCCAUCUAUUGAAAAUCCUCUCUCGCUGAAAAUCCAUCUCUUAGAAAAUCCUCUAAUCCUCUAAAAACACCUCUCUCUCUCUCUCUCUCUCUCUCUCUCUCUCUCUCUCUCAAAUGCCUGAAGCUCAUCUCCUUCCCUGUUUCCACUUCAAUCGAUUCCCAUAAUCUCUCAACGUUUUCUCCUAACAACCCACCUCUCUCUCUCUCUCUCUCUGUCUGUCUAUCUCUCUCUCUCUCUCAAAACAACUCAAUGGACAGAUACGAGAAGUCCCUCCGAGAGAAAAGAUCCCACCAAAACAGUCACAAAAACCCAUCCUUCUCUUCCACUCUCCUCGACGCCAUCUACCGCUCGAUUGACGACGAAGGAGUCGACCACCACGACGAUCAAAGACUCGACGAAGAAGAAGCAGAGCAGCUCAUCCUCUACCGAGAAACUACCCGGAAAAAACAGAGCAGAGACCACGCUUGCCUGCAAAAACACGAAGAAAUCCGAUCCUGCCGCAUCCAGAAAUGGAUGGACAAGAAAACCAAAGACGAGCCCACGAUCCGACGCUCCGAUUUCGAAGACGGAUUCCUCAAACUGAGUAGAGAUCACGCGUCAAUGAUAUUCCAUUCCACUUCAAGCUCUUCCGAAUCGAGCUGCGGCGGUUUCUCCUCCUCAGAAACAGAGUCGGUCUACGGCCGAAGACCUUCCUCGGCCUACACACCUCAACGGCCGAAGCCAAUCCGAACCGGGCAGGAGCGUCCGGACAAAUCCCAUCCGUCGAAUCAGAACAAAACGCAAUUCUCCGAUUUCUACGUCUCAUCUUCUUCCGCCUCGAAAGACCGGAACCUCUUCGAGAAGCCGAAGCAGGACGGAUUCAUUAAGAGCAAAUCGCGGGCCGCGUCGAAGAUCUACGGCGAAUUGAAGAAGGCAAGGCAACCGAUCUCACCCGGCGGCCGCCUGGCCAGCUUCCUCAACUCGAUCUUCACAGCGGGCCACGCCAAGAAAGCGAAGAUCCAAUCCUCAUCAAUCGACGGCCACGAUCUCAGCUUCGAGAGGAAAUCGAAAUCCGCGCAGGCAUCGACGUGCUCCUCAGCCUCUUCGUUUUCAAGAUCCUGCUUGAGCAAGACCCCAUCCUCGAGGGGCGGGAAAUCAAUCAACGGCGUGAAACGAACGGUCAGAUUCUUCCCCGUCAGCGUCAUCGUCGACGAGGACUGCCGACCGUGCGGCGAGAAACGCCUCUACGAAGGCGAUCCGAAUCUGACCGCAUUGAACGCCAUCAGGAAGAUCGGAGAGUCGGCGAUCGGCAGCGAUCUAAAAUUCCAUCUGAUGGAGAAAAACAAGCGGGUGGAAGAAGCCGCGAAGGAGAUGCUGAAGGAGUAUCAAAAGAAGAGAGAAUUAUUUGGAGAAGUGAUCAGAGCCGUCCAUCAAGAUCACCAAACCGACGGUGGUGAUGACAAUGACGAUGACGAUGAUGCAGCUAGUUAUUCGAGCUCAGAUCUCUUCGAGCUCGAGAAUCUGACGGCCAUCGGGAUCGAACGGUACAGAGAAGAACUUCCGGUGUAUGAGACGACUCAUCUCGACACGAAUCGGGCCAUCGCCAACGGUCUGAUUUUGUAAAAAAAGAAAAAAAAAGGAAAAAAAAAAAAAAAAAGCGUCCAAAAUCAUUACUGGGAUUUUAUGUGGGAUUAAUGUUUAAAUUACGGGUUUUGGGUUAAUUUGGAGAAUAAAUAGAGUUUUUUUGGGGGUUUGAUUUUUA